AUGGAUAUACAGUUAUUUUUAUUAUUAAAUGAUAUAUCACAUUUCGACGACGAGAAGAAAGCUGGUGAAGCUCUAACGAUAGUAAACACGAUCGUUGUAUUUACUGGAAAGAUACAACCGCAAAGUGUUUUCACUGAUUUGGCUUCAGACGAACAACACGUGUAUGGUCCUAUAACUGGCGGCACAAAUGAUAACGUAUUCCGUUAUGAGACAGACCACUUCCUGGAUUUAUCUUGUCAAAAUUCAAGAUCAAAUUGUGGAGCAAGCAUGUAUCUGAACAGAAGCAAGUGCUACAAAUGUGGAUACAUUUGUGGACGGACCAAGAACACUUCACCUCAGUUCUGCCUGAGUACUUGCUCAAAUUUGUAUCAAUCUACUAGUACCUUAAGCCUUGUAGAUAUGUCGGAGAAUAAUCAUAACAGUUGCACGGACCUGUUGUUAUAUCAGGUGGCCAUUGUGGUACUCGUUUUUGUAACAGCGAUACUGGUUCUGCUUCUACUAUGUGUGACGUGCAAGUACUGUAAAGCUGUGAAUGAGGAACGCAAGCAAUCUGACUAA